AUGGCAAGCAUCCAACAUCCCCAGUCGGCAACCACGGUCUUCCUAGAUCAGCCACCCAGUUGCCUGGAGUUCUGCCCCGAAGCCCCGGAUUAUUUCAUCGUGGGCACCUACCUUCUCUCAGAGACCAAGACCGAAGAUGGAGAAAUCGAACAGUCCAAAACGGGGAGUCUACAACUCUGGAAAUUAGACCCGGUUAGCAAAGCCCUAUCUCAAAUCCAAAGAAUUUCUCUUCCAUACGCAGUGUUUGACCUGCAUUUCCAUCCAAGACAAAAGAACCUAGUCGCAAUUGCGAGCAGCGUAGGUUCAGUGUCUUUAUUCCAAGUAUCAACCGAGUCAGGAGAUACACCAAGCAUCGUCCAGCUAUGGACGAAGCAAGUACACGAAGACCCAUCCAUCCCAGCGCUCUUCCUCGCCUGGGCCCCGCAAAACUGGUUCCCGCAGCCGGCAGAUGGCUUCGCCGUCACAUUCUCUGAUAGCCGCACAGCCGUUUUCGGGACUGACGGCGAUAUCCACGAGGAAGAAAAUGUUGUAGAAUGGGGCACAUAUGAAGCAAAACAGAUGAUCGAAGUGUGGUUCGUUGCAUUGUCAACUAGUUCUGGGGCAGAGCCCCAGAAUCCAUCUGGGAUACCGUUUAUGUUCACGGGUAAUGACUUUGGUUCGCUGCACACGCGUCGAUUCGAUAAUACCGCCGAGUUGGAUGAUCCAGAUGAGCAUGUCUCGCCGAUGCUGCUGGAGCACGAUGAUCGAGCUCGACACCACACGGCUGGUGUCACGGCUAUCCUGCCCCUUUCUGUUCCCAUGGUAGACGAUGCUCCGGUUAUCCUGACAGGAAGCUAUGAUGAGAGUCUGCGGGUUUACCAUGCUACGCGGAGGGGGGAGGUUCUCGCCGAGGAGGGUCUGGAUGGAGGCGUGUGGCGGCUGCAAUUGUUGGAUACGACGAAGAAGCCGGACUCGGAGGAUGCGUCGGAUGUGUCUGAAUGGAGCUUUUUGGUCCUGGCGAGCUGCAUGCAUGCGGGUACAAGGCUUGUGCGGGUUGCCUGCAAGAGCCAAGAUGGGACUUCGGAAUGGGGGAUUGAGGUGCUGGCGAAGUUUACGGAGCAUGAAAGUAUGAAUUAUGCCAGCGGUGUCUGGAAGGGUGGGAGAAUUGGCCAGGAAACGGCUCAGUCUAAUGAGCUUUUGUGUGUUUCAAGUAGUUUCUAUGAUCGCAGACUCUGUGUCUGGACUGUUGAUCUAUAG